AUGGAGGGACAAGCCGGUAUUCCAGAAGAUCUGAAUUCAUUAAUCCCUAUAACUAUCACAGCAGAUGCAAUGCUCAUCACCCUCCCGUACGCCGAUGCCGAUAACUUCUACUUUUGCCACGUAAUAAUUGUGACUGCACACCUGUUGGCAAAAGUGGCUCUCCACAUGGUUACGGCCAGAGUCAUCCGAAGAGUAAAGGGAAACACCUUCUGGGUGCGAAUAGUCGAAGGAAUAGCCAACUGCCAUCUUGGCGUUGUGCUCUUGAUGCUGCUGCUGGGAUUAAGCAGGCAUAUUCUUGCGCACCAUCCAUGCUGCCGAAAUUGGCACGGCACCGUGGUCACCAUGACCCACCUGCUGUUUGUCGAGAAAGAACUACCAGUGGCCAGCGCGGAAUUCAUCUUCAUACUUUUUGUAUAUAUGUACAUAAAUCAUUCAUCAAAUCUUGGUUUUUCUCGAUAUUACGGCUAA